AUGGCUCAUGCGGAGGAUUCCGAGGAUGCUAGAAACCUUAGGCAGCCACUCGUCAAUGCCAAUCAUGGCUCCUCCAUGUUUGUUAUAUUGUGUGUCUUGGUCGUUUGUUUGGGUCCUAUUCAAUUUGGUUUCACGAUAGGGUAUUCUUCGCCUACACAAUCUGAUAUGAUUCGAGAUCUUGACCUCUCAAUUUCAAAGUUUUCACUUUUUGGAUCUUUAUGCAACGUUGGUGCAAUGAUAGGAGCAACGGCUAGUGGUCACAUAGCAGAAUACCUUGGCCGUAAAGGGGCUCUAAUAGUGGCAGCGGUCCCAAAUAUAAUUGGAUGGCUCACCAUUUCAGUAGCCAAUGACUCAUCUCUUCUAUUUAUAGGAAGAUUCUUGACAGGGUUUGGCGUCGGAAUAAUAUCUUAUGUGGUGCCCGUUUACAUAGCAGAAGUAUCACCUCGAGAUAUGAGAGGUAGUCUUGGAUCAGUGAACCAACUCACAAUCACCAUUGGAAUCAUGUUGGCUUAUUUGGCUGCACUUUUUGUUAAAUGGAGAAUGCUAGCAAUUUUAGGAGUUAUUCCUUGUGCAAUGUUAAUACCAGGACUAUUUUUCAUUCCAGAAUCCCCAAGAUGGUUGGCUGAAAUGGGGAUGAUAGGAAAAUUCGAAACUUCCUUACAAGCUUUACGAGGACCCAACACCGAUAUAACAUUGGAAGCCCAAGAAAUACAAGGUUCUUUGAUGUCAAACAACAAAUCAGAUACUAUACAAUUUGCAGAUUUGAAGAGGAGAAGAUAUUGGUUCCCUUUGGGGAUAGGAAUUGGAUUACUUGUCCUUCAACAACUUUCUGGUAUCAAUGGAGUUCUUUUCUAUUCUAGUGAGAUCUUUAAUAAGGCAGGAAUCUCUUCCAGUAAUGCAGCUACAUUUGGUCUUGGAGCUAUCCAGGUUUCAAUGACUGGAAUCACAGUGUGGUUGUUGGAUAGAAGUGGCCGCAAAUUACUUUUGAUAGUAUCAACCUCUAUAAUGACAAUUAGCCUACUCCUUAUUGCAACAACAUUUUAUUUAGAGGAAGUAGUAUCAUAUGAUUCAAAUCUUCAUACAACCUUGGAACUGCUAUCAAUUGCUAGUAUUGUGGCUAUGAUCAUCGGUUUCUCACUAGGCACUGGACCAAUUCCUUGGAUCAUAAUGUCUGAGAUACUACCAAGUAAUAUUAAAGGGCUUGCUGGAAGUGUAGCUACGUUUAUGAAUUGGUUCACUGCCUCACUAGUAACCUUGACUGCUAACAUGCUUCUAGAAUGGAGUAAUCCAGGAACAUUCACAAUUUAUGCAACCUUUUCUGCCAUCACCCUUGCUUUUGCAAUACUAUGGGUUCCUGAGACCAAGGGCAAAACAUUGGAAGAAAUUCAGGCAUCAUUUAAUAUAUAA